AUGUACCGGAACCUUCUUUCCCUUCUCGGCCCUGCUUUCCCCGCUUCCCUUCCCCACUCUCUCUCUUCUCCUCCCCUCUUUCUGUUUCUGCCCAUCUUCCCCUCCUCCCCUUCCCUCCCUCCCUCCCUCCCUCCCUCCCUCCCUCCCUCCCUCCCUCCCUCCCUCCCUCCCUCCCUCCCUCCCUCCCUCCCUCCCGCCUUCCAUCUCUCUUUUCCUCCCCCGCGCAGGUUCGAGGACACGCCCUCUCUCCCCCAGCUGCUCCUCAACGCGUCCUUCAUUCUCCUGCAGGGCCGUCUGGCCAUCGGCGCGCAGCAGCAGCACUUCUCCCAGCGCGCCCUGCUCACUCUCACGCCCAACCCCAGCGCGCGCGCGCCGCUGCUCGUCGCCGACCCCCUGCCCGCGGACGCCGCCAAUCCGCGCAACCUGGGGCACAAGGCGCUCGCCGUGCUAGGAGGCCAAUUGGAUCUGCACGGCAUGCCUGGGGGGCCCUCCACCCCCUCCUGGUGCCAGCUGGCGAAAACGGCGCCAGCUGGCGCCACGUCACUGCUGGUGGACGCUGACGUGUCGGCGUGGCCGGUGGGGGCGCUGAUAGCAGUAUCAUCGACAGACUACAGCACGGAUCAGGCAGAGGAUGUGAGCAUCACUGCAGUAACCACCUUCCCCAACGGCACCUCGCUGCUCACUCUCGCCCGCGCGCUCACCUACUCCCACUUCGGCGACCCCCUCGGCGUGCCCGACGGGUUCGGGGGCUUCAUAGACGAACGCGCUGAGGUGGCGCUACUGUCACGCACCGUUACAAUCACAUCCUUACCAGAAAGCAGCCCUUAUGACCGCGAGGGGGGCCACGUGUCGGUGUAUUUCACCCAGAGGCCGCAAGCGGUGGAAGGAGUGGAGUUCAGUGGGUUGGGGCAGGAGGGGCUGGAGGGGCGGUUUCCGCUGCAUUAUAUGUUCCAUGGGAAUCAGGGGCAGGCUGCGGGUGGGGAAUCGAGUCGCUCGCUCUCCCACCCACCCACCCACCCACCCACCGCCGCCAUCCCUCCUUCCCCCUUUACUACCCUACCCCAUCUCCCCCACCCGUCUUCCCAUCUACACUCUUUCCCCAGACUCCCCUUCUCCCCCACUCCCUCUGUACCACUCUCCACCCUUUCCGCCCCCUCAAAUUCCCCUCUCGCCCGCCCCCUCUCCCAUCCCCUACCCCCACCCUCUCCCUCCCCCAUGCAGCGCUGUAUGGUGCUGAUGGCAGCAAGCGGCAUGGCGGUGGAGGGGAACGUUCGCUGUGUGGUGCUGACAGCGGCGAGCGGCAUGACAGUAGAGAGCAACGUGGCGUACGACACACGAGGGCACUGCUACAUGCUCUCCUCGGGCUCCGAGACGCGCAACACCCUCGCCAACAACCUCGGCUUCCUCACCCGCCGCGCCGGCAGGGACGUGUCGGGCAUGAGGGACACGAGCAACCCCGCCACGUUCCUGCUCGCCAACCCCGACAACGACUUCAUCAACAACACUGCUGCUGGCUCCUACGCCGCCGGUGUAUGGUACUACCUGCGGUGGGGAGUGUCAGGCCUGGCAGGCACCAUACCCGGGUACUACAAUCUACUGCCAUUCUUCACGCCCUGGGGCGCCUUCUCCGGCUGCACCUUCCACUCUAACAACCUCUGGGGCCUCCAGGCCUACCCCAUGGGCGCCUAUCCGCGCCAAGGGGCCUUCCGGAAUUUCUCCCAGCAGAACCCCUACAGCGUGCAGUGGCUCAAGCCCAUUCAGCGAGUGCUCUUCUCCCGCCUCACCUUCUACAAGCACCAAGGCAGCGCCACGCUCAUGGACACGUUUGACGCGUUCACAAUGCAGGACUCUGUGUUCGCGGACAACCAGUGGUCGCUGUACCUCGCAGAGACGCAGCACGCCAUCGUGGACAGGUGCCGCUUCGUGGGGCUGUCCAACAACUACGGCACGCCGCAAGGGUGCACCAACGCUCAGCCGUGGGACUGCGCUCCCAUCACCGGCUGCAAGCUACCGCUGACGAGCGACCAGCAGGGCAGGUCGACAGGCGGCAACCGCUUUCCGUUCCCACUGUUUGGGAUCGUGUACGAUCAGCGCAACUUCACAGAGGGCGGGGACACUGCUGCUCUCGUCGCCAACACCUCCUUCUUCAACUACGAUGCCACGUGCCGCCCCGCUGCUGGGUUCGCACUGGGCCUCUCGCCCACCUACAAGGACUACUGGAACGCCGGCCAGGCUGUCAGGAACGUGAGCUUCAAAGCGGCCAACCGCAUGUGGAUACCUGGAGACACCUUCCCUUUCCUGGGCGGGUCCACCAUAGCAACGGGAGUAGUCUCCCCCUUCCUCAUGAUGCGGGACACAGACGGCUCGCUCACCGGCACAACCCCCGGCUCCGUCAAAGAGGGCGGCUACGCCAUUGCCAAUGUGUCUUACCUCUUACCGCCCGCCAAGCUCAAGGGAGCGCCUGUGUGUGCGCCAAUGAAGACGUGGAACGGGUAUUCGUGCCCCAAGGCAUGCUACCGCAGUGUGGCCAUCUCGUACUUUGAGCCGGGGUUCUCACCCAUCAACGACUCGCCUGACGCCAGGAAGAGGGGCUCUUUCAGCUACCUGGAGAUAGUGAGAGUGGAGGACAAGGCGUCCUUUGUCCUGGACGGCAAUCUCAACGUGCGCUACAUGAACGUGCACGACACCACGCUCCGAUACUUCUACCCCAACCUCCUCGCAGGCAUGACGUACGAGAUCACAAUCCGCUCCCCCACGGGCUCCACCUGGGUGCCGUCCUACAUCACCGCAGCGUUCCAGGACGGCGGCAGCUGUGGGCAGGGGCUCACCCUGCGCGUGCUGCCGCUGGGCCACGGGGGGACAGGGGUGGCGCGGCAGCUGCUGGUGGGCAAGGAGUCCAGCUCCGUGGGUGCCCUGCCCAUACCAGGCAACCCUAUACCGGGCAAUAGAGCGCUCUAUAGCUUUGCCUGUGCAACCACUGCACCAGUGCCUGCGCUCACCCUCACCAUGGGUGGAAACUUUUCCGAUAUCGCCUACCUGAUCCCCAUCGGUGACACGGCCGCUGCUUCCUCCUGCACGUCUACGUUCAUGUCAACCCAGCAGCGCAGCAUCCUGUGUGCAGGCAGCGAGUGGCUGUACGACGACUCGGGGCUGGACUUCUUCCCGCCCUACUCUGGCGCACGCACCUUCUUCUCGCCCACGCCGCUGCUCACCCCGCCUGUCACCGGCCCCAAGAAGGCCCCCUCAGUGCCCCGCUCCAUUGACCCCCCGGGCACGUGGCGCAGCGGCAAGGGCCCUCUGGGCUGGUAUGCCAACUGGGACAAUCCAGCCAUAGGAACAGUGCUCGCCCCUGUGUCCCCCUCCCGCGUGGUCUACUAUUUCCGCACCAACUUCACGGCCACCAACACCAAGUGCUACACCGCUCUCCGCAUCGACCUGCUUGUCAGCGACGGCGCCGUUGUAUAUAUCAACGGUGUUGAGGCUUUCCGCACCAACCUGCCUAAUGGGGCGCUCACCAACACCUCCCUCGCGCUAUCAAACCGAGAGCCUCUGACCAAGGUACCGAUCCCCUACACGACCUUCACAGUGCCGCUCGUCACAGCCCCAGGGGCAGCAGCGGCAGCGGGGGCAGUGAGCCUGGUGGAGGGGGUCAACUUCGUGGCGGUGCAGGUGCACGCGUUCCAAAACUACGCUUGGGAGGUGGCCUUUGACAUGCGCAUCUCCGCUCAGCUGCCUGACCCUAAGUGCAAAGGCAAGGCAAUGCGGCCAGAAACAUGCGAUGGGCUUGACAACGACGGCGAUGGCAAGGUGGACAUAGGGCCGACCAAGAAGGCCAUCACGGUGCCAUGCGCCAGCGCCUGUGGUGUCGGCACCAUGACCUGUGUUGACGGCGCGCUCUCCCCUUGCUCUGCUAAACAACCCGCCGUCGAGAGCUGCAACGGUCUCGACGAUGACUGUGACGGGCUGGUGGACAACCGCGUGGGGUCCUCUCCAUGCCCCGAGGGAGCGGCGUGCUUCAACGGGUCGUGCCGGGCCGUGGUGUCACACGUGGGGUCGUCUGUGCUGGUGAAGGGCAGCGAGGCCGACUGGCUGUUUGCCGAUGGGGGCACCAACGUGGCUUCUCUGUACCCGUCGUGGAAGAUCAACUCGGGCAUCCCAGCAGGAGUGAUGAAGGCAGGCAAGGCCCCCUUUGGCGUCAACGCCUACAGCGCGGAGGCUGCAGCGCGGUUUGCAACGCCACUGGCCAACAGCGCGGGCAGCUUCUGGACCUUUUACUUCCUCAAGGCAUUCAACCUCACGGCCGAGCAGGCCGCCAGCACCUACAGCUACGACGUGAGUGUGCGGAGGGAUGACGGGGCGGUGGUGUAUCUGAACGGCAACGAGAUGUUCCGCACCAACAUGCCCGGUUCAGGGCCCAUCACCCACACCACAGCGGCGUCGGGAGUCACACAGACAGACACGAGCAACGGCAACAACAAGGACUCGUACUACUCGUGUGGGGAGGCGUGCUAUGGGCGGAACAUGUCCGCUUGGAGCAAGCCGGGCAUCAACUGGGUAGCAGCAGAGCUACAUCAAGCCUACCUCUGGUCCGGAGACGCCGCCUUCGACCUCUCGCUCUCCCGCCUAGGGGUCAACGACUGCCCUGCCCCCCCCUCCAACUCCUCCUCCGCCGCGCCUGCUCUCGCCUCCCCGUGCAUCCGCUCAACGUACCGCUCGCUGCUCCCCGAGGGGACAGUGUGGCGCUUCAACGACGCGUCUAUGACUGCGCCCCCUGCGGGAUGGCACCUGCCCUCCUUCAACGAUGCCGCAUGGCCCUCGGGCCCUGGAGUGCUGGGGUCGGGUGGGUGGUGGAACAUCAGCAAGUCCCUCACCAAGGCAGCUUCGGGAUCGAACCGCCGAGCCUACUACAUGCGUACGGCGUUCACCGUGCCUGACGGGCCGUGCUUCUUCAACCUCACCCUCUGGAUCCUUGCCAACGACGGCGCCGUGGUAUACGUCAAUGGAGUGGAGGCUGCACGCAUGAACGUACCCAAGGGUGCUGACUCCACCACCCCCGCGAGCUCCUGGGGCAACUGGGUUUAUAACCCGUAUAAUGUUCACGGGCAGUGGCUGAAGCCUGCAGGAACGCCAAAUGUGGUGGCAGUGGAGGUGCAUCUAUGGCAGCCUGGUCAGGACUUGUUCUUUGGGCUGCAGAUGGGUGGUAAUAGAGAGGCCGUUACGUGCAAACCUGCUCCUUGA